AUGGAAGAGAUUGACGAGGAAGAGAUUGGAGAGGAGGAGGUGGAGAUGAUCUCUAAGCAUCUGCAGGACUUGUUAGAUCGGGCAGCAAUUUUGAAAGAGGAUGAGAAGGGGAGUGAGUGGGUAGGCGGGGCUACAGCGCUCCCCGCCCUCCCGGUUGGCGCCGGGAGCUGCCCGUCAGGCGGGCGAGGCUCGCGCGGGGACCGUUGGCCGGGGGCGGCGCUUUGUGACGCCACAGGGCCCGCGUGCCGGCCGCGCGUUCGCGGGCCACGCCCCCUUCGCCGCGCGCCUCUCGGCCUCGUGGCCGCUUCCCGCGUCGCGGUCCGGAGGUCGGGGGGCGCGAAGGCCGGCUCCUUUUCUUUUACAUGGUUUUUAAGCGUCAUCCAUGACAAGUUUAGAAAAGGAAAGAUUAAUUUUGAAAGUACCUUGGAAUUGCUCGCCAAAUUUGACAUCCCUUUUGAUUCUGUUCAUGUAAAGUACAUUUUUAAGGCAAGUGAUACACAGAAGACUGGGCAUAUUACUUUAGAGGAUUUUAGAGGAAUUUAUCGGACGAUAGCGCACAGAUGUGAAAUUCAUGAACUCUUCAAAACUCACUCUCCAAGCAACAAAAUUCUACAUCUAUCAGAACUGGUUGGAUUUCUUCGAAAUCAACAAUUUCAGGCGGAUGCUAAUGAAACAACUGCUUCUGAUCUCAUUGCAAAGUUUGAACCCAUUGAAGAAGCAAAAAGAAAUAGACAGAUGACGUUUGAAGGGUUUCUAAGAUACAUGAGUUCUGAACACGGUGCGUUAUUUAAAAACGAACAUCGAACAGUUUACCAGGAUAUGACCCGACCGUUAUGUGAAUACUUUAUUUCAUCAUCGCAUAAUACCUACCUCAUAUCAGACCAGCUAAUAGGGCCAAGUCACCUGUGGGGCUAUGCAAGCGCUCUAAUGAAAGGCUGCCGUUGCUUGGAAAUUGACUGCUGGGAUGGUUCCGGCGGUGAGCCUGUCGUUUAUCACGGCCAUACGUUGACGAGCAAAAUCAGCUUUAAGAUGGUCAUCCAGGUGAUCAACAAGUAUGCCUUUCUGGCCUCUGAUUAUCCUGUUAUAGUGUCUUUGGAGAAUCACUGCAGCCCCAAACAGCAGGAAGUAAUAGCAGAUUAUAUGAUAAGUAUUCUGGGUGACAGCCUGGUUACUUCUACAAUUGAUGGUACGAUGCCAACUGAAUUACCUUCCCCUGAGGCCCUGAAAUUCAAAAUACUUAUUAAAAAUAAGAAACUGGGAACGCUUGAAGAAACCCUUGGAAGAGUGGGCACAGACAUCCAUGGUCAGACCGGGGAAUUCGAAGAGGCCCAAACCUCGGACGACGAGCUUGAUGACGAACCUUCCGGCAAGGAGCCCUUGCUCAAAAAGAGACGGUCAAGUUCGAAAUCUAUCGGUCCGCCUCGGAAGAAACUAAAAGUGAAGAAAGUGAAGGUUGCCCUGGCUCUGUCAGAACUUGUGAUUUAUGCCAAAUCUCGGACAUUUGUCAGCUUUGAAGACUCCAGAGAGAACCAGAAGUUCUAUGAAAAUCACUCUAUGAGUGAAGGGAAAGCCCGAAGGGCUGCCAAAUUCCAAGGUACUGAAUUUAUCCAACACAAUUGCAGAUUUAUUACAAGGAUAUAUCCGAAAGGGAUCCGGACAAACUCUUCCAAUUACAAUCCUCAAGAAUUCUGGAAUGUCGGGUGCCAGCUAGUGGCCUUAAAUUUCCAAACACCUGGAGUACCCAUGGACCUUGUAAAUGGGAAAUUUUUGGACAACGGUGGUGCUGGUUAUAUAUUAAAACCGGAAUUCCUAAGACAUAGAGACACGCAGUUUAACCCGAAUAGUAUAACUGGGAACCAUGGUCCUGCUGUGCUUACAAUCUCGCUGAUCAGCGGCCAUCAGCUACCACCUAGUAGCCUCUCCCGGACCAAUAAGGCAGAUCCCGUGGUGGUCGUUGAAAUUCAUGGCGUUCCAGAAGACCAGGCCAAGCAACAGUCCUGCGUAGUAAAGGGCAACGCUUUGUGUCCUAAGUGGGAUGAAACACUCAUUUUUAACGUCCAGGUUCCAGAACUUGCAUUAGUACGUUUCGUUGUAGAAGAUCAGAUCUCCCUCACUUCCAAUGAAUUCCUCGGCCAAUAUACUUUACCGCUUUUAAGCAUGAACAAAGGGUACCGCCAUAUCCCGCUUUUUUCCAAAAUGGGCGUCAGCCUGAGCCCGGCUUCGCUUUUUGUGCACGUGUCGUACUUUCAGCAAUAA